AUGAAACAUCCGAGCAGCAAUAUGCUCGAUGACAACUGCAACUAUAACUGCAACUACUCGAUAAUACUCUUGAGUCGCCUUAUAUGGAUAUUUCCUGCAGCAUCAGCCGGUCACGUUCCCACAGAUGAUGACAGGCCAAUCAACAUGAAAGUAAAAGGACUACGGAAAGUACUGUCAAGGACCCACUCGGGUACAAAUAACUGCGUCGUCCCGGCAAUAAACCUUUUCCUCUUUGUUAAGUUCACAAAUUACAAAUUUUUACCUAAUGCAUACAUUCUAGGAACGCCGCCUUUUUAUCUGCCUCCACUGCAAUCAGCCGGUAUAUUCGAUGAUCUCAGUGUAGAUUUCGUUGACAGCAAGUCGUGCCCACAAAUGGAGAUGUAUAUGAAAAAUCGUGAUCUGAUAUACCCAAACUUUGCCACUCCCAAAGGUCUUUGCCUCAUCAUCAACAAUGAGAAGUUCGCUUCGAUGCCACGUCGACUAGGCACAGAGAUUGAUUGCGUGAAUCUUAAGAAUCUAUUCGGACAGUUAGACUACAAAGUAAUAGUGGAGAAUGAUCUCACGAGUAAGGAGAUGCUUAUACGAGUUAGGACUUUUGCAAAAGAUACAGGACACCGUUUCUCGUCAUCAGCGAUUUUGAUCAUACUCACCCAUGGAGAAAAAGAUCAUCUGCUUGAUCGACGCGAUACUGGUAUAGCGCAUGUGGAUCAGGUUGAUACAGCACACCAUAAUACUGAUGGAUUAUUUGGAUUUUCUAAAUGCAUCCAAAGACCGGCUGUUAUCGCAAAAACAGUGUUGAGACCGCGUGAAUCUGAUUUUCUGAUAGCAUACGCUACUCCGCCAACGUAUGUUUCAUGGCGUAAUAGCGUUCGAGGCAGUUGGUUUGUGCAAGCGAUCUGUGAGGUGUUUGCUAAGCAUGCGCAUGAUAUGGAUAUUCUGCAGCUACUAACAAGAGUAAAUCAAAGAGUCGCGGAAUGCUUUCAAACGAAUUGCUCUUCUUCAUACAGACAGAUGCCAGAGUUCCAUUCGAGACUCAUCAAGCAGUUCUACUUUUUUCCUGAUGCGAAACGAUCUUCUCCACUGUGA